UGUUAUGAAUUUGGCGCUUAAUAAUAAUGCAUUAAUGCCCAAAACAAAAGCGUAGGGAAAAGAUUAGGACCAAGAAGAUGAGCUUGUACUCGAUAACUCAUCUUCUUCCUCCUCCGCAACUCUCAAUCUCCACCACCCCCACUUCUCCCCACCUUAUUCCCACCACCACCACCACCACCACCACCACAACCACCAAACGCUCUAUUCUCACCAGUUUACUCAGCCUCUCUCUUUCUCUCACCUUCACUCUUUCAUCUCCAUUAUCCUCUUUUGCACUGCCUUCACUAAAUUCACAAUCACGACCCCCUUCUGUCUCUCCUACCACUCCCUUCUCUCAGUCCAAAAACUUGGCAAUUGGGUUGGAAAAUGGGAAAAUUAGAGGUUGCCCACCAGUUAAUCCUGGGUGUGUUACUACCAACCCAAAAUCUUCCAAUUUCGAAUUCCCAUGGCAGAUUCCUUCUGAUUCUACAGAAAAUGCUGUUCAGAAAUUGCAAGAAGCAAUUUUGAGUACACAGAAAAAUGCCGAAAUACAAGUUGUGGAAGACACACCUAAUGGACAAUACCUUCGAGCUGUGGUUGAUGGAGGAUUUGGAAAAGACGUGAUGGAAUUCAUGGUAAGAGGGGACGUUGUAACCUAUCGCUGUAUGGCCUCCAAGGUAACCUACAUCUACCCCUUUACAACAGCUUUUGGGGAUUCAAAAGGCCAGAUAGAGAGAAUGACCAAGAUCGUAGAACACUUAGGUUGGUAUGUUCCCAAUUUGGACUUGAUGGAUUGAAUUCACUAAUCUAUUGGAUCCGUCAAAAAAAACAUGCUGAUUGAAUUCGACACUGAUUGAGCUUCAGCAUUUGUGGAUUCUGAACUCACUCAUUGUUUACAUAGUUUUUCAUUUUUAUCAGGAACAAUUGUGAAUAGUGUGAUAUACUUGAAACACAGAGUUGAUUUUGUGCAUUGUUUCUUAGCCAACUCCUUUGUAUGUAAUCAAAAUUAUUAUAUAUAAUUUGUUGGAUAAUUUUGGGUAA